UCUAACGUCAGCCUCGAGUGUACUUGGGUCGCUGUGCCAUAUAAAAUGCAUGGUAAAAACCAUUUGACACUCGUUCAUUUCGCAGAGCUGGUCACAAGAGCCAUUGUUCUCCGUGGUAGUGACGGUGACGUGGGGUUCAACAACCGCCCCCUCCUCGAGAGGACCGGACGGACUCAUCACGGUAUACCCUCGGCUCAUGUAUGUAGAGCCGCUUUGUCUCGAAAAGACGUCACGAGUAUGCGCUGUGGUCACUCUGCCUAAUGAUCAACCGCAUUAACUUGAACUCUUCUCAUCCAGUCAGCUGCCGGCUGACCAGGGACAGGUAGCAAGAGUAGUGGACAGCUAGCGCUGAUCAGUCCAACAACAGCCACUUAGACAAUCGAUUUGGAGACAAUCGGCCCUGAACAGUCCAGACCCUGCUGUACAGAGAGCAUGGAGAACAAGCCAGCCAAUGGAUCGACCGGUCAGAUGACAGCAGCCGAGGUGGCCGACCAUGCACAAGACCCCGACCCUCGGGAGACCGGAGAUUCCCCGACCAGGCUUGACGAGGAAGAUGACGGAAGUAAAGUCAAGCUACAGCGACAGAUCUCUCUGGUGAGCGGCGUAGCUAUCAAUGUGGGAACUAUCAUUGGUUCGGGGAUCUUCGUGUCCCCAAAAGGUGUUCUGUUGGGAGUAAGCUCAGUUGGAAUGACCUUGGUGGUAUGGGUCCUAGCUGGCAUCAUCUCUCUCCUGGGAGCUCUUUGCUUUGCCGAGCUGGGCACCAUGCUGCCUUCCUCAGGCGGCUUUUAUUUCUACCUGCGGGCCAUCUACGGCGAGUUUGUGGCCUUCUUGUAUCUCUGGGUCUCACUGAUCAUGCAGGUGCCAGCCUCCUGCGCGGUGGUGGCCAUCACCUUUGGUCGCUAUGCCGUCCAGCCAUUCUUCCCUUCUGCCGACUGUGGACCGCCCAUGGCUGCGAUUCAGCUUCUAGCUUUGAACUCUUUAUUGCUGUGCGGUUUCUUCAACAUCUUCAGUGUUCGCCUAACAACCACAGUGCAGAAUGUCUUCACUGUAUUCAAGAUGUUGGCAUUGACCAUCAUCAUUGUUAUGGGUUGUGUCCAACUCUUCAAAGGGGAAACAGCUAGUUUUGAAAACUCAUUCGAAGGGACAACUUAUGCUGGUCUUGGCAAUGCCCUGUAUUCUGGAUUGUUCUCAUAUGCAGGCUGGUAUAACUUGAAUAAUGUUGUUGAGGAACUACGAAAUCCACACAAGAAUCUACCUCGCGCCAUCUACAUCACCAUGUCUAUUGUGACAGUCUUCUAUGUAUUUGCCAAUGUUGCCUACUUCACUGCCAUGUCGCCCCAGGAACUGCUCGCCUCCGAUGCCGUUGCCGUGACAUUUGGUCUCAAGUUGCUUGGGGUCGUUGCAUGGUGUAUGCCGAUUUUCGUCGCCAUGUCCACAUUUGGUUCAAACAAUGGCAGCCUGCUUGGGCUUUCUAGAAUGUUCUUUGUCGGAGCUAGAGACAGACAACUACCGAAUUUCCUCGCAAUGAUUGACAUCAAGAGGAAGACGCCAAUGCCAGCUCUACUUCUUGUGACUUUCCUGACGUGUGUGUACGUGUUCGGAAGGGAUGUUUACACCUUGAUUAACUAUUUUAACUUUGUGCUGUGGACAUCAAGUGGUGCUCUGUCAGCUGGCCUGAUCUAUCUUCGUUGGAAACAACCUGAAAGAAGAAGGCCUUACAAGGUGAACAUUAUUCUGCCCAUCUUCUUCACCUUUGCUUCCAUCGCUCUGGUGGUCCUGGGCACCAUCUCGGCCCCCAUGGACACUCUGAUUGGUGUGGCUAUCACACUCACCGGCAUACCGUUCUACUUCAUCUUUGUCCGACCGGCCAAGAAAAUGGCUGUCCUCCACAAACUAGACGUCGCCAUCACUCACUGGUGUCAGAAGUUGUUCCUGGUGACCAAUGAAGAGAAGACCAACCUGACCAAUGGAGACAUAAACGAAGAAGAAAAGAAACUUGGAUAGAGAUGCAUGAAGCGGAAAAAGUCUGUCAAAGGAGCCAUUUAACCUUGAGGAGCACUGGAUUGCAACCCUUCUCCAAACACUGCUGGGAUGAAUCCUCACCCACCACAAAAGCUGCAUGGGUAAUGCAUGUUCUGGUGAGGCGCAGAUUUUGUUUUUCCUGUGAAGACAGUAAACUCACUGGAAGUCGCAGAAUGCUGUUCAGUUUCCUCAUCAACCGUCAUGGACAGUUUAAGCUGCCAGCUUUCCUUUGCCAGUGGACUGGACAAGUUGAGACUGGCAGUUUAACACGGUACAUGUACAUGCAACAUUGCUUCCACGGCCCCAUAAAACUUGACAGGGCCCAGUUUUAAUGGCACUGCUUUAACUGAUAAAAAAAAGUAUUAUAUUCAGAUGAGGAACCACUGUCAAAGUGGAUCUGGAAACAUUUUUGCAGGCACCCUGCUGAAUUCAACAACGUGAAAGUGAAACCUUGAGAUGUACAGACAGAACCUGCCCCUUCACUGUUGGUUAUCAUUGGAUGCUAGUGGAUUUGGCAGGGUUUCUUGAAUGAAGUGAGUGAUAAUCUAGCUGCAUGUGAAUAGAUACAUCUGAAUCAAUUUGAUAGUCCGUAUCUUCACUAGUUCUUAGUCUAAUAGAUUCAAGUCUAAAAUGAACUCAAGGUUUUGGUAGUAGGCAGGUUCACUAAUCAAAAAAAGCACCCAAGGUCUGACAAUCCAAACUUUUACUUCCCUUAGAUCUUAGAUCAUUUUAGACAAUUUAAUUUGAUAGUGCUUUAUGAGCCGUUGUGUCGAUUGGGAUCAUUAUACUCUUGAUCUGUUUAUAAUUUGGGACCAAGGAACCUUUCCGCUGUUGAACCUUCAGGGCCUGUUUGUUUCAUGUGGAUCCAAAUCGCGACCAGUGAUCUGACGUUGGUUCACUGACACCUGAACUCUCCUAAUGGAUGCAACGAACCAGGCAGCAUUGGGACCACUGAUUGAGAUCGGGAUCAGAGUGAAACAAACAGGCCCUCAGAGUAACAUAUUUCAGAUUAUUGAAUAUUUGGGCCAGCAAAUCUUCAGACGUGAAACCAUCAGACUAUUGAAACCAUUGGACUGUUUAAAGCAAGAUACAUGAAGCACAUGGCUCAUGCAACAUUCCUGGCAUAAACAGUUUUCUUGCACCAAUCAUGGUUUCCUAUGCCUUUUGUAAUUUCAAGUGGUACUUGUUUUUUCUGCUUUUAAGAAUCCUUAAACUUCUUUCAUGCUUGACUUCCAUCUUUUUAAAGAAAAAAUUCAGGUUGAUAAUUAAUUUAAGUAAGGGGGCAUUGCAUAUUGUUGUGAGUUAUAAACAUGGAAUCUAAGCUUGUUUUCAUUUUACGCCUCGGAAGUUUCCAGUAAUUGCAGAAUCAUUGUGUCAGUUAAUUGUGUAAAACUGGCCUUUGAUUUUUUUGUCUGAACAGCAAAUGUUAAUUACAACUGGAGCUUCGUAAGUGUAUAGCAAUCAUCAGCCUGGAUUUGUCUUUGGUAUAAUUAUAUGCAUACAGUCAGUGCUGUAGGCAAAACUAAUUGAAUAAGACCACCACUGGACCCCAACACAAGACCACCAGUCUGAAUGCAAGUUACAGGCUAUUUGAACGACCUGAAGCAAAUGUAUUCUUUCGUCAUUAUUCACCAUGAUCCUUGUGACUGGUCUUGUAACCGGUCUUGUGACCGGUGAUGUGAUGAUCAUGACACCAAAAUUGCACUGUCCAUAGUGACAGAAAUCAUUGUUAUCUUACAAAAAUAACUACUUUCAGGAAUAUCUGUCUUUGCCAAGUGUCUUGAGGUGAAGUCGGUCCAAUUCUGAAGAGCCGCAGCUUGGAGUUAAAUUUGCUGCCGAGCGCCAACCCGGAGAUACUUUACCAAAAAACGCCAUCAUCAAGCCCAGUAAUACAUUUAUGAGCCUUGCCAAGGCAUCAGUUUUCUUUUUUUCGUAAAGCAAUGCUACGAACCUGCUCUGGGUCAAAAUGUGUGCUAUGUGCUGUUUUGUUUAUUGUUUGUUUUUUUAAAAGUCUGAGCAAGUUCGAGCAAUGGUGGUUAACCAGGAUUCGACUUGGGAUCACCUCAAUACAUGAUGGUUGGACAUCUCCAGUCCAGCCAACUCUUUGGAACUGCUAUGGGGCCUCAGUGACUUUGUAUAAGUCAUGCAGUUGCAUUGUUGAUUUUCAUUGGGUAUUUAUGUCAUAAAACACAGAGGGAAUGUUUGACAUGAAACUGAGCAUGUGGGAUGCAGUCAAGUGGGAAUGCUGCCAGCAAUGCAUGCAGCCAAUGAAAAACAUUAGUGGCAAAGGCUUCCAGAUUUCGGGCUCAACUAGUGUUGGUUAAGUCGCACUGUAUUGCUUGUGCGAAUUUGUAGGAAGAGAUUAGCCCUUGAUUUAUUAUACACAGUUGAGGCUCAAACUUUCAUAUUGUCAUGUGUGCAUAAUGUCUAUAAAGAGAUUAAAUUUAAUAUAUUACAAGAAAGAUUAUGUGUGUGUCAAAAAGGGACAGCUCUGCUUAACGCAGAAACCAUCCAAACCUGGAUUUUAUGGGAUUUAAAAGAUAACUUUUAUCAAGAAUUUAGCAAUAUGUGUAAUUUGUACGAUACGUAGGCUUGUGAAUUUGAAAUGUAUAAUUCCAGAAUGUUUGUUUUUAUGGCCAUUACAAUAACGUCAUGUAAGUAGUUGAUAUUUGAAGAUUUUAUCUUAGACCACAUGUCUAGGUUUAUUUUUUCCUUUCAUGUAUUAUUGUUAAGAGUACCGAAUGUUUAGGUAAUAUUUUGCCUUCACACAAAUAUCUUGUUCAUUAUGUUAGUUUUGUGCCUGUUAUUGGAACUUGUAAAAAAAGGUUUUGUUCGUAAUUAAUAAUUUCUUAUCCCUUUUGUUUUACCUCUGUCAGUCAUGACUAUUAGUUAAUCUUGAAAAAGAAGUUGAUGCAAGUUUGUGUUGCUGGUUUUAGCCAACUUUGCAUUCUGUGCUUUUUAACAGUUGCUGCAUUGUCUUCCUUUGCCAGGGACACGAUACCUAUAAUGUGUUUGUCAUUUAUUAAGGAGCACUUCGUAUGAGUGUGACCCAUUAUCCAGAAACUUGGCUGAAAUUCACUUGGGAUGAAGAAACUGUUUGAAUUUUUUUUUCAAAAAUAAGAUAUAUAAAUUUGAAAAAUAUGCAAUUUGUCCACAAAUCUGAAAAAUUGAAGAGCUUUAGCAGUGUACCAUGUGUCCCUAAACUCCUUUUUCGCUAUUUUGACUUGUUAAAUUGAUGUUUAGCUGUCUUAAGGCUGUAGAAACUGACUACAUAUAACUGAGAGAGGGUAGGAUUCUGAAGAUACCAAAAUGGUUCUCAUCACAUUUUGGAAAUAAACUCAUUUUGAAUUACAGGUUAAUAGUGACAGUCAUUGGAACUUCAAUCACAAAACAAAUAAUUUUUCCUUAAAAGCCAUUAUUGCAGUAGCACCAACCUCAUGGGGAAUAUUUCGACUUGUCAAAAUCCAUGUGUGCAUGUACAUGUAUAUAGCGCCAUCACAGUAGUGGCGUCUCUUUGAUUUCGAGCUCAUUUCAAGAAAGUUUGAAAGGGCUCACAGAGAACAGAGUUACUUUAUUAAUGCAGUUGAUUAUAUGAAAACAAAGGGUCGUUCAAAAUGAGGAUACUGAAAUUAUGAGCUGUAGUAAAUUUUAUUCUGAGUUACAGAAUGUAUUUAGAUGAUUCGUUUAUUCAAAAAAAUGAGAAGUAAUAUAUUUGCUGUAUUAAAUUGGUUAUACCCGGCCCACAUUAUUAUUUCAUUGCCUUAAUGCACAAUGCUGUAAUACAAUAUGCAUGUAAAUAAUUCCAGGUUUUGAAACUGAGACUUUUUAAUUUAAUUAACCUGUGCUUCUUAAAAUAUAUUGUAUACAAAUUGCUUGGGUAACAUGAUAGCAGAUGUCUUAAUUUCACAUAAUGGAGGCUUUGUUUUGUUUAAGGUUGUAACAAUUGAAGUAUAUUAUUUUGUGUUCUCUAAAGUUUUCCUUUUAAUGCUCUAAAAACAUUCCUUUGUUUUUCUGAGAGUAUCAACUUUUUCCCCUCUGUUGUAUUAUUAAAAGCAUGACACAAUG